GCAAGAAUUCCCUUCCCACAGUCCCUUGAUCUUUAACCUACGCACCCUCGCUCAUAUUAGCAUUGACUAUAACCCCCUCUAAAAUUUACACACGAUGAGGUCUGAUGUGCUAUCUUACGCCGGUUACGAAGAGCCUCAUUUUCUUGAAGCUUGUACUCUUUGUUCUAAGCCACUUGGUCACAAUAGUGACAUAUUCAUGUACAGAGGGAAUACUCCAUUUUGUAGCCAAGAAUGUAGACAAGAACAAAUUGAAAGUGAUGAAGCAAAAGAAAGGAGAAGAUGGAAAGUUUCAUCAAAGAAAUCAACAAAUGACACCACCAAGAAAUCAUCUACUACUACUACAACUGUUCAAACUGGAACCCUUGUUGCUUCCAACUAAGCCAAAUUAUAUUAAUCAUAAAAUAUUAUGUGAAAUGACAUAAUGGCCCUCCUCUCUGAUAUAUGAAAACAAUAAAUGAAGAGAGGUUGGAAUGAGUAAAUUGGAAGUUAAAACAACAAGUUGGGUUUUUGUAUAGAAGAGAGUUGGAUUGGUGGGGUGUCAAUGUAUCAUGACUCAGAAGUCAGGAUGGAUUGGUUGGUGGUGAUGACUGAUAACUGAGGACCGAGAAAAAGACAAAGAUGCCCUUUUGAUGAGAUAAAUUUUGCACCUUUUGGUUUAAGCUGUAUUAUUAUUGUUUUACUAUAUUUUUUUAAAUUUUAUGUGAUGUUUCUUUUUUCUCUUUGGCUUAUGUAAGGUAACCUUCAUAUCCUUCGGUUUUCUACCUUGUAAUGUAUAGUAUUUUUUUUUU